AGCAUCCGUGCAACUUGGACCAAGAGUUUGUCAGGAGUGUGGUUCAAAACUGCUUGGAAAAAGGGAUGAGGGCAUCUGAUGAACCUUCUGGAGCUUCUUACCAGAGACCAUUCUCCUCUCUUCACUGAAACAUGCACUGCCCAGCUGUGAAACAUUGCAAGGUUUAUUUUUGCUAACAGGAAACACUUUCAAGUAUCGUUCUGUCUUUCUCCUACAAGAGUUCACACCAGUGCUGUCAGAAGGUGAGGAACAGGGCACUGCCUGUGCUGCCCUGGGGCUGUUGAUGUCCUCAGCUGUUGUAGGAGAAACACUAGACCUGGAACCCAGUUUGUUACUGGACUUGUGGAAGAGGAAACAUAAAGAUCUCCAAAUGAAUAACCGAAAGGAAGAUAUGGAAAUUGCUUCCCACUACCGUCACCUGCUGCGGGAGCUGAACGAGCAGAGGCAGCACGGGAUCCUCUGCGACGUCUGCAUCAUCGUGGAGGGCAAGAUCUUCAAGGCUCACAAAAACGUCCUCCUGGGGAGCAGCCGCUACUUCAAAACCCUCUACUGCCAGGUCCAGAAAACCUCUGACCAGGCCACAGUCACCCACCUGGACAUUGUCACCGCCCAGGGCUUUAAGGCAAUCAUUGACUUCAUGUACUCCGCACACCUGGCGCUGACCAGCAGGAACGUCAUCGAGGUGAUGUCGGCUGCCAGCUACCUGCAGAUGACAGACAUCGUGCAGGCCUGUCACAACUUCAUCAAAGCAGCUCUGGACAUAAGCAUCAAGUCUGAUGCCUCUGAGGACCUCGUUGAUUAUGAGCUGGGAGCCCCUUCCAGCAGCAGCACGGACGCUCUGAUUUCGGCAGUGGUGGCUGGCAGGAGUAUAUCCCCCUGGUUAGCUCGGAGAACAAGCCCAGCAAACUCCUCUGGGGACUCGGCCAUUGCCAGCUGCCACGAGGGAGGGAGUAGUUAUGGGAAAGAGGAUCAAGAACCAAAACCAGACAGCCACGAAGACGUUUCGUCCCAGUCUCUCUGGGCUAGUGACAUGGGCUAUGGGUCUUUGCGUAUCAAAGAGGAGCAGGUGUCACCGUCCCAUUACGGAGGGGGUGAGCUGCAUUCUGCCAAGGAUAGUGCAAUACAGAGUGGGUUCUCAGAGCAAGGAGGGGGGGAUGGCUGGCAGCCCACGGGCCGCAGGAAGAACAGGAAAAACAAAGAAACUGUCCGACAUAUUACACAGCAAGUGGAGGAUGACAGCAGGGCAAACUCUCCUGUGCUGCCCCUUUUACCUGCCUCAGGAUGGCCGUACAGCAGUCGAGACCCAAGCGCGGACGCGGCGGGGCCGGAGCCCGGCGGCUCGGACAGCAGGCUGGAGCGGCCCGAGCCCUACGGCAGCGUGGAGGAAGCGCUGCUGGCAGGCGAGUCCAGCUACAUCCAGCAGCCCCUGACCCCGGACAAGGAGGAUGCUCUCCAAGCCGCCACCGUGGCCAACCUGCGAGCAGCUCUGAUGAGUAAGAACAGCUUGCUGUCGCUGAAAGCCGACAUGCUGGGCGAGGACAGCUCGCUGCUCUUCGAGUACCUCCCCAAAGGCACCCACUCGCUCUCCCUCAACGAGUUCACAGUCAUCAGGAAGAAGUUCAAGUGCCCGUACUGCAGCUUUUCUGCCAUGCACCAGUGCAUCCUGAAGAGACACAUGCGGUCCCACACGGGGGAGAGGCCCUACCCCUGCGAGAUCUGCGGCAAGAAGUUCACCCGCCGCGAGCACAUGAAGCGCCACACCUUGGUCCACAGCAAAGAUAAAAAAUACGUCUGCAAGGUUUGCAACCGGGUGUUCAUGUCAGCAGCCAGCGUGGGGAUCAAGCACGGCUCCCGCCGCCACGGCGUCUGUGCCGACUGCUCCGGCCGCGGCAUCGCCGCCCACCUGGACCACAACGGCGGGGAGGGGUCCCCAGACGAGUGCUACCCCGGGGAGGGGCAGUACAUGGAAGACCCCGAUGACAUCAAAGUGGAAGGAGACGAGGAGAUGGGAGACGACGACGACAUCAAGUGGAAGGAUGACGUGGGCAUGUCACAGGAUGAUGUGAUUUUAGAUGAUGACAAAGAUGUCGACUCCCCGCAGGAGCAGGACAACUCUGGGGAGAACGACAAGGAUUUUGCCUGGAUUUCUUAGGGAUUAUUUUUUUUUUUUUUUUUUUUUUUUUUUUUGUUUCGCUCUGUUGUUUGUAGGGGGAGGGAGGGCGGGGAGGAAGGAGUAUGUUGGAAAAACUAAGUAGCCUUGUUGUCGUCCAUGUGUGCAAAAUAACUCUUGUGUUUUCUAAACGAGUCCUUCUCUGUUCCACUCAGACACUGUCUUAGCAGGGUCGCUUCCAGCGGCACGACUGACUUCGCCUUCCCCCUUUUCCCUUUCCCUUCUCCCCCUGUGUCCCCCUGCCCAUGGCCACCCCUUUGGCCAAGCCAGCCAGGCUGCCCAAGAGGGAGGUGGAGUCUCUGCAGGUGUGAGGAGGCUGGUGAAGCAUGGAUCCUCCUCCCCUUCCCACUCUGAACCAAGCACCAGGGAGGUCUUUGUGUCCAAAGCAGGUUUGUUGGUUGGUUGGGGUUUUUUUUACACCUUGUCUGUGCUAAAAUCCCAGCAGCAGUGGAAUUUCAAGCUAAAGUUGUAAAAGCAGAUGGAUGGAUGUCUUGGAGGGCUUCCCCUGAUGAUACAGGCCUUUUGCAAAGCUAUUUAAAGAGUUUUAAUUAUUUUUUAUGGAGCCAAAUAGAUCAAAAGGCAAGUCAGAUUACAGCCUUACAAAUAUUUUCUUGGAUUCUUAGCUUCCAAAAGAAUCACCAUCAAAGACAGAUUGUGACUUUUCUUGGACCUACUGGCAUCUUACCCAUGUCCUGUCUUCCAGCCUUGGUCAUCCACAGGCACCAAAACACAUUUGUGCUUCUGGAAGCACCUUUUGCUCUAGAGGGCACCUGUCAUUCUUCUCCACAAAUAUCUUCACUUUUCUCCCUUUGCUCGGCUGCCUUUUUCACAAAUAUAUGCAAACUGUAGCAAAACCGAGGCGUUCAGCCAAGUGCAGGAUGAGCUGGGAAAGGCCACGAGCCGAGGUGAGGAGAUCCCAGCAGGGUGGAAUCUUGCUGCUCCCGUCCCAUGGACUUUUGUGGGGCCAGGAUUUCACCUGAGUACCUUGUUCUUCCUUGCCAAUCUCACCAUUCUCGUUGAUCAUGGGUAGGUCUAACACCUGCUUCAUUCAUGACAAAAACUUUCAGCUUUAGUUGCACUGGUUCCUUGUAAAUUUUCUAAUAAACCAUUUUUUUCUUUAAAUAAGGACCAGGUUUCUCUCCCAGCGUCUCCUCAGACUCUGUGGGGCUGUUCCAGAUAGUUGGAUUCUCCCUGUUCCUAUCGGCCACUGUUGCCUUCUUCCAGCUACACCUAAAUAACAACAGCAACAGCGUGUGUUGGAAUUAUCUUAUUCCUGAGAAACCGCUUGUUCUACCUUCACCUCUUUGCUUCUGGUGCUUUUAAAAAUAAAAUUUAGAAAAAAGCUGAA